GUCUUUAGUUACAUGCAUCCGCCAGUUGAAUGACAAGAUAAGACAGAGACCCCGGCUUUACCUAUAAAACCGGGAAGCAAAGCCUAUCGCUCUCUCUGUGAUACGUCGUCUUUACUAAUUUCGAUCACCUCCUUAACUCCCUGUAUCUUAACUUUCUUAAAUCUCAAUAUAUCUGCCGUAAUACUAACUACUUUCAUCCCUUCUCCGUGACAAGAUCAUGUGAAAGAAGGGGUUGGCCGGAUUUCCGUAGAAGCAUGCACGUUCCGAUCAAGCAAAUAAAAGCCGGUUCCGACGUGGACAUUUCGACCGAGAGUUCAGGUAGAACAGGACGGGUACAAAUUUCCAAUUUUUGAUCGGAGGUGCGAUCAUUUUACACCCCUCAUUAGAGAGCGAGAGGUGAUAUUUCGAUCGAGAACGAUUUGGAUUGGUUGCUGAAAAUUGAUUGCUCUGUGGGGAAAAUGCCUGGAAAUGGGCGGAGAGAGGAGGAGAGGAAUGGAAUUGAGAGGGACGAGGAAGAUGAGGAGUUCGAGGUGGAGGAGGUGAGAGAACGACUCGAGUCGUCGCGUGGGAGCCGUUUCAUUUUGCUGAACAAGGAGUUGCGGGUGGAGUCUUUCAGGAGGAAGUUGAGCAGAGAGAGCGUCAUCAAUGGCUUCAGAGACCUUUCCAAAGUCAUGGUCAUCUAUCCUGAUCGUAGCAGGUGGUAUCGGGCAUGGACGCACUUCAUUCUGGUAUGGGCAAUCUACUCAUCUUUCUUUACGCCUUUGGAGUUCGGCUUCUUCAGGGGAUUACCCAACAAGCUUUUCAUAUUGGACGUCGUCGGUCAAGUUGCUUUCCUUGUUGACAUUAUCCUCCAAUUCUUCCUCGCCUACAGAGAUACCCAGACCUACAAAAUUGUACAUAAGCACACCCCCAUUGCUCUUCGGUACCUAAAAUCUAGUUUUGUCAUAGAUCUUCUUGGUUGUUUGCCUUGGGAUGUUAUCUAUAAGGCUUGUGGAAAAAAAGAAGAGUUGAGGUACCUUUUGUGGAUCAGGUUGAGUCGGGUUCGCAAGGUUACUGAAUUUUUUCAGAAGAUGGAAAAGGAUAUACGGAUCAAUUAUCUGUUUACCAGGAUUAUAAAGCUUAUUGCUGUCGAACUCUACUGCACACAUACAGCAGCAUGCAUCUUUUAUUAUUUGGCUACCACUCUGCCUGCACAGCAAGAAGGGUACACAUGGAUUGGAAGUCUACAGUUGGGUGACUAUAGGUUCACAAAUUUCAGACAGAUUGAUUUGUGGACACGGUACAUAACAUCCCUCUACUUUGCUGUUGUCACCAUGGCUACCGUUGGUUAUGGAGAUGUACAUGCAGUAAAUCUAAGGGAAAUGAUAUUUAUCAUGAUCUUCGUCUCUUUUGACAUGAUUCUGGGUGCUUAUUUGAUUGGUAAUAUGACUGCUUUAAUUGUGAAAGGAUCGAAGACAGUACGGUUUAGAGAUAAAAUGACAGACCUUACGAAAUAUAUGAACAGAAAUAGACUUGGGAGGGACAUUCGCAAUCAGAUCAAAGGUCAUGUGCGGUUGCAGUAUGAGAGCAGCUAUACUGAAGCUUCUGUUCUUCAGGAUAUCCCCAUCUCCAUUCGUGCCAAGAUUUCUCAAACUUUAUACAAGCCAUACAUUGAAAAUGUCCCCCUUUUCGAAGGAUGUUCUUCAGAAUUCAUCAACCAGAUUGUAAUCAGAGUCCACGAGGAGUUCUUUCUCCCAGGAGAAGUGAUAAUGGAACAGGGAAAUGUGGUAGAUCAACUCUAUUUUGUCUGCCAUGGUAAUCUGGAGGAGGUCAGUAUAGGGGCAGAUGGAUUAGAAGAGACUGUUUCAAAUUUGGAACCUAACAGCUUAUUUGGUGAAAUAUCUAUCCUUUGCAACAUACCUCAGCCUUAUACUGUUCGAGUUUGUGAGCUAUGCAGGCUUCUGCGCCUUGACAAACAAUCUUUCUCAAAUAUCCUGGAUAUAUAUUUCAAUGAUGGGCGAAGAAUCUUGAACAACCUUUUACAGGGAAAGGAAUCAAAUGUUCGCUUGAAGCAACUGGAAUCUGAUAUCACAUUUCAUAUUGGAAAGCAAGAAUCUGAGCUUGCUCUUAGAGUUAAUAGUGCAGCUUAUCAUGGGGAUCUGCAUCAACUCAAAGGUUUGAUUCGAGCUGGAGCUGAUCCCAACAAGACAGAUUAUGAUGGAAGAUCACCGAUGCAUCUUGCUGCAUCAAGAGGAUAUGAAGAAAUAACGUUAUUCCUUAUUCAAGAAGGUGUUGACAUCAACGUGUCAGAUAAGUUUGGAAAUACACCCUUAGUAGAAGCACUCAAGAAUGGACAUGAUAGAGUUGGUUCAAUACUUGCUAGAGAAGGGGCUGCGUUAAAGAUUGAGGAUGCUGGUAGUUUCUUAUGUUCAGUUGUUGCAAAGGGGGAUUCUGAUUUUCUCAAAAGGAUUUUGGCCAAUGGUAUUGAUCCGAACUCCAAAGAUUAUGACCACCGAACCCCACUUCAUGUGGCAGCCUCUGAAGGAUUGUAUCUAAUGGCGGUGUUGCUUUUGGAUGCUGGAGCUAGUGUCUUUUCAAAGGACAGAUGGGGAAACACUCCACUUGAUGAAGCACGAAUCUGUGGAAACAAGAAUUUAAUCAAGCUAUUGGAAGAUGCAAAAUCUAGUCAACUGUCCAAGUUCCCCGACUUCUCUCAAGAAAUCACAGAUAAAUCGCACUUGAGGAAAUGCACGGUGUUCCCUUUCCAUCCAUCGGUUCGUGAAGACCAAAGCAAACACGGAAUCAUGCUAUGGGUUCCGAAAACCAUUGACGAGCUCAUCAAAGAAGCAGCAGAGCAUCUAGACUUUCCAGGCUGUUCUUGCGUAUUAUCAGAAGAUGCGGGUAAAAUUCUUGACGCGGAUAUGAUCACUGAUGGUCAGAAGCUGUACUUAAUCAAUCAAACACAGUAGCCACGAUGCCCUCCUGUAUGCUGUUUCCCUUUUUUUUCCUUGGCAUCUGUAUCGUCUUUGUACUCCAGACUGAGAUGUAAAAAAGUUUGAUCACCAAGUGCUGUAUUGUUGUGUUAUAAUCUC